GGAGCCCCCGUGACUAGUGCUGGCCAUUCACAGCCCCUGCCAGCCCUGCAGCUCACAUAAAGGGACAGACAGAGCCCGAGAGGUCACAGAGCUGAGAACAAGGCUCGGAAUACCGAGCUCCCAGAAACCAUGCAUUGGUCCUUGAGCCCACGGAGUUCAAUUCUUUACUUCUCCUGUCUCUUACUGCUCUCUUCAACAUGCCUGGGAUAUGUCCCCACCAAAGAAAACUGCUGCAUCUUAGACCAAAGAUUUGGCAGCUUCUGCCCCACCACCUGUGGCAUUGCGGAGUUCCUGUCCAAUUACCAAACAUCUGUAGACAAAGACCUCCAGACCCUGGAGGACCUCUUCCACCUAGUGGAUAACAGAACAACAGAAACCAAAGAACUGAUCAAGGCCAUCCAAAUCAGCUACAUCCCGAACGAAUCACUAAAGCCAGAUUCAAUAGAGAGUGCUACACAGAAUUACAAAAAGAUGAUAGAGGAAAUCAUGAAAUACGAAGCACUGAUUUUAACACAUGACUCAAGUAUUCAAUUUUUACAGGAAAUGUAUGUUUCCAAUAAUCAAAAAAUCAUGAACUUGAAGCAAAAGGUGGCCCAGCUGGAAGAGCAGUGCCAAGAGCCAUGCAAGGACACAGUGAAAAUCCACGACUUAACUGGGAAAGAUUGUCAAGAUAUUGCCAACAAGGGAGCCAAGGAGAGUGGACUUUACUUCAUCAAGCCUCUGAAGGCCAGCCAACAGUUCCUGGUCUACUGUGAAAUCGAGGGAAACGGCAAUGGGUGGACUGUGCUACAGAAGAGGCUGGAUGGCAGUGUUGAUUUCAAGAAGAACUGGAUUCAGUAUAAAGAAGGCUUUGGACAUCUCUCUCCUACUGGCACCACAGAAUUCUGGCUGGGAAAUGAGAAGAUUCAUUUGAUAAGCACCCAGUCUUCAAUCCCAUAUGUAUUACGGGUGGAACUCAAAGACUGGAGUGGCAGAACCAGCACUGCAGACUAUGCCACGUUCAGGGUGGCACCCGAGACCGACAAAUACCGCCUGACCUACACCUACUUCAUCAGCGGAGAUGCCGGCGAUGCCUUCGAUGGCUAUGAUUUUGGUGAUGAUCCCAGUGACAAGUUCUUCACUUCCCACAAUGGCAUGCAGUUCAGUACCUGGGACAAUGACAAUGAUAAGUUUGAAGGGAACUGUGCAGAACAGGAUGGCUCUGGUUGGUGGAUGAAUAAGUGUCACGCUGGCCACCUCAACGGAGUUUAUUACCAAGGUGGCACCUACUCCAAAGCGUCUACGCCUAAGGGUUAUGACAAUGGCAUUAUUUGGGCCACCUGGAAAUCCCGCUGGUAUUCCAUGAAGGAGACCACGAUGAAGGUAAUCCCGUUCAACAGACUGAACAUCGGAGAUGACCAGCAGCACCACCUGGGAGGAGCCAAGAAGGCUGGAGACGUUUAAAAGACAGUUUCAAAAGCGGUUUGCUUUUUUAAAGGAUUUUAUCUGAACAAAGAAAUAGAGUAUUUUUCCUAUGGGACAAUGGACUUUCAAAGCCUCACAUCGUUUUAAGAAUAAACCAACUCAUGUUGAAAACUCCAUUAGCAGUUUUCUGCCGGCGAUAAUUUAUCUAUGUGCAUUUCAAUAAACACUGUGUUUCCUAAGACUAGA